UUUUUUUUUUUUUUAUUAUUAUUAUUACACCUGCUUUCUUUUUUUUUUAUAUUACACAUUACAAAGAUGCUUCCUCCUGUCACUGACAGCAUUGCUGACAGCAUUGGCUCAACCCCCAUGAUAAGGUUGGCACCUCAAAACAAAGUCUCCAUGCUUGCCAAGCUUGAAUUCACCAACCCUACAGGCAGUGGUAAAGACAGACUUGCAAAGUACAUUCUCGACGAGCACGAGAGAAAGACGGCUUUCGAGUCAAGAGAUAAGCAGACAAAGAGAACGUUAAUUAUCCCUACCUCUGGUAACCUAGGCAUAUCAUUAGCCACAUUAGCAGCUCAACGUAAUUACCGUAUCAUUGCCAUCUUACCUGAACGUACCUCCAAUGAUCGUAUUGCGCUCUUAAAAGCGUUGGGUGUUGAAAUCUUGCGUUCCCCUAACGAAGUGCGACCAGAGGCACCCGAAAGUGCUUACUCUGUCGCUACCAAAUUAGCAGAACAAUUAAAAGACGCGGUUGUCAUGGACGAGACAAAAUUACGUGAUUUGACAGCCUAUCAUCAGUUGGCCGAGGAAAUUCUUCAACAAACAAAGACAGCGGUUGAUUUCGUAUUUGUGGGUGUGGAAUCCGGUGCGACCUUGACAGGUAUUGCUCAAUACCUCAAAGAAAAGAUCCCGGGUGUCAAGGUGAUUGGGGUUGAACCCACCGAAUCCAUCUUGAGUUCAGAGCACGCCCAUUCGCGUAGUGAUUGGAAAGUAGAAGACAUGGGCAACAAUUUUGUGCCGACCAGUCUUGACCUCCGGAUGGUGGACGCAUGGAUCAAAGUGAGUGAUAAAGAAGCCUACUCUGUGGCCCGUCGAUUGAUCAAGGAACAAGGGAUUCUUUGUGGCCCAUCAUCAGGCGCUGUCGUAGCCGCAGCUGCGCGUCAUGCGCACACGAUGUCAUCCGAUCACAGCACACAUACAUUUCAGUCGGUUGUCAUUUUAAAUGACGCUUGUCGAAAUUACACGAGUACUUUACUGUCAGAUGAUUGGCUCUUUGAAAAUGAUUUGGCCGAUGACUUGAUCACGCACGAAUUAGAAUAUCUGUCUCAAAAUAGAUAUCGUGCUGCGUCGGUAGAGGAUCUUCAGUUACCUGCUGCGGUCACUAUCCCACCCAAAACCUCUGUUUCUCACGCUAUGGAUCUGAUGUUGGAACGUGAGUACUCGCAAUUACCCGUCAUUAGCAGUCACAAUCGAAAAUUAGUGGGUUAUGUCUCGCUGGCUUCGUUGCAAGAUAAGUUGGAGCAUGGUCAUAUUCAAUUGUCGGAUACGGUGGAAUCUUGUAUGUUCUCAUUUAAGAAGGCAGCUGGUGUGACCCUGAACAAGUAUGAAGUCAUCACACCUGACACUAGUUUAGCCGACCUUGCUAAAUUCUUUGAAAAGAAUUCUUUUGCAGUCAUCACCGAUCAGAACCGAAAAUGGUGUCUGGGUGUAGCCACCAAGUAUGAUUUAAUUAGUUUCUUGCAUCGACGUCAAUUUUUGUAAUAAGGAAAAAAAAAAAAAAAAAGGAUAGUACUUUAUUUAUAAAAGGGGGAGUAUAUAAAAC